UGCAGUCCAUUAAUUACAAACCCAUCAAGUCUCCUCACAGCUGCACCCAACAUAAAAUGGCAGCUUUAAUUUGAUUUCCAAGAUGAGCUAGCUCUAUCUCUUCAGUUUCCUGUGCAUCAACUCAAUUCAAAAACUGCUUCAACUCUCUCCUUCUCUCUCUUUAAUUACUUUUUAAGAUCAACAAAUUUAAAGAGAUGGGUGAUGAAGAGAACUCAACAGUUCAUCAUGAAGAAUCGAUCAAGAAGAAAAAGAAGAAGACAGUUCAUCAUGAAGAUAGCAACAACAGUACAGGCUCAGACGGAGAAAGUAGAAUUUAUCCAUGUUUGCUUUGUAACAGAAAGUUUUGCAGUUCACAGGCACUAGGAGGGCAUCAAAAUGCUCACAAAAAACAAAGAACAGCGAAAAAAGUUUUUGAUGCAGCAAAUCUAAUCCUUGCUACUAACUCUAAUAAUCAUCAUUAUAAUUCUUGGUUAAGCUAUCCAACAGCAUCUCAUGCAUCGAAUCUUCAUCAGUUUUCUCAUAAUACCCACCAUCAUGAUCAUCAUCAGCAAUUCAAUGAUGGGUUUGGAUCACAUGUUGCACCUAGGUCUGAUUAUGGAAUCUAUAGCGGUGGUGGUGGUGGUAAUCAUCAGGGAUUUAGUUUCAACAACAGUCAAGAUGUUUCGGUAACUUCGUCUUAUAAUCAACGUGAAAUUGAUCACGAUGAACAGAGCUUCUUGAAUUGGCAAAAGAGUUUAAGAGAAAACGCAGGGUGCAUUAAUGGAGAAUCAUCAUCUACUAGUACUACUACUAGUUCAUCUCAUCUUUCAUUGCUGAUUGUUAAAGAACGUCUUGAUCAGUAUUAUCAACAACAAAUGAAGAUUGGUGAUAAGCAGGAUAAGGAACAGAAACUUGACCUAUCUUUGCAUUUAUAGUUGAGAGAGCUUCAAAACAAAAAUCUAUAAAAGAUUGUAAGGAUUUUAUCAUCAAAUCACUUCUUUGGACUAGUUUUGUUUUGCAGGCUUGUUUGUUAGCUCUCUGGGGCUGGGAGGUGGGGGUUGUAUAUAUGCCUCUUUUGGUAGUUUUUCAGGCUUAGCUUAGGCCUUUGGUCUUUCCUUUUGUUGCACCUUGUUAGGUGCUGUUCAC